GAGAAGGAUCUGCCAUCGAGGCCAACGACACUGGAUGAGCAGAUCGAGCGAACACAAGACGUUACCACAACACCACUAGCACCGCCACCACCACCAUCGGCGGCGACGGCGACAGCUGCAGUAGCCAGCAAUCCGACGGCCGGACACUCGGGCAGAGCUGCGGGAGGGAGUAGUCGGGGAGCAUCAUCCGCUUCCGCGCUACAGCUCCUCUCGAGCCAGCACCAUCAGCCGCAUCAUCACGCCCUGUCCCAUCACUAUGGCCACAUGCAGCCGCCCCAUCAUCAUCACCACGCUUCAGCGUCCUCCUAUCAUCAUCUGGCAGGGAGCAGCAGCAGCAGCAGCAGCCAUUCGCCUGUAUCGCUACUGUCACAGCGAUAUCAUCAGCAGCACCAUCACCAUCACUAUGCCGCUGCUGCCGCCCAUCAUAGGAGCCCGUUCUCGCAGUGGCUACAGCAACCGGACGCACGGGGUGAUCCGCACGGUCAAUACUAUUACUAUUACUACUACUGAGGAGAGAAAGAGAGAAAGAGAGAAAGAGAGAGAGAGAGUUAGAGGGAAACAGAUAUUGUUGCCAUUUGUCUUGCCAAAACCAGGAGAAACAAAACGGAAAAAAACGAUCUAUCAACCAAAUAUGGUACAAAACAUGGAUCAGACAGGAGGAAGAGAAGAAAAGGUUGAAGAUAGAGAGAGAGACGGAACGUACACCGGGAAUUAUUUUUCUUGAUUUUUUGCUGCUUUUAAACACACAAAACCCUCUCUCCCCUUUUCUUAAGGGGGUGGGAGAAACAAAGUGAAGGAACUGAUGAUUCUUUCAAACAAAACGAUGAUGAUGAUGAACACUACUACUACUACUACUACUACCUGUUACGCAGCCGACUAUUUUAAAAAUCCUUAGCUACCAUUUAUUUAGUUGCGUCUAGUUACUUUUUUCUUCGAUUUGCGCUAAGAAGCAGCAGCAAAUUAGUUGUAUAGAGCAUAAGAAGGUAUGUUUAUGACAAAAUUUCUUUACAUUAUCUUUCUCUCUCUGUUUGCAAGAGAGAGCGAGUGAAAGAGAGACCAUUGUGUAUGUCUGUGUGUGUGUGUGGCAGGGGGGAAAUGGAUUUCAUUUCAAUGUUGCAAGUGUUGAGGAGUGAUUUUUACCCAUCCAAAAAGCCCUCCACACCCACCCAGAUACCGAGUGUGCUGAUGGUUAUUCUUUUCUUGAUGCAAUUAGUUUAGUACAACUUUUAAAUAGCCCCUUUUUAUGUGUAUUAGCCAUAUUAAGAAAACACACACAUGCCCGCGCGCGCAGACACACUCUUAGUAGCCAUCCUGUUGAAGGUGUUUAGUAGAUCUUAUUUCAUACUUAUACUCAAAGCAAACAAAAGGGAACACGCAAAAAGGCAGAAACACCCUCCAACCCAUUUGAAAGAGUCUUGUGGUCUCUUUUUUUGUGUAUGGGGACAGGGCAGUUUUAUAGCAACGUAAGUGAGUAUAUUUAGGUAUUACCUGCUUCUUCUUUUCUUCUUUUAUGUCAUGUUUGGGGCUAUAAUUGAGGAAGCUGCUGAGAGGAGAAGAUAAAGACACACACUCACACCGCCUCUGGAAGAAAUGUCGCGCGCAAUUAGCUAUUUAAGUAUUUAUUUUCGUUUAGAGCGAAUGUGAAUCUAUUCAUUAGUCCUUACCUCUUCAUCCCCCCUCAGCCCCCUAUUUUCUUUGCUACUUUAUUGCCCAUUUCUCACUAUCUAGUUUUUGUUUUAAUUCUACACACACACACACAUACAAACAAACUAUUAAAAGAAAAAAAGCAACAACGCAAUGCGACAUUUCAUAAUUGUAUUUAAUUUAAAUUAAUUUAUAUAAAUCUUAUUUUUCUAUCAAUCGUGAGGGAAAAGGGAAAGCAUCUCACCCCUUUCCUUUUGUGUCGCCCAGAGGUUUUUCUCCCCCAUAAGUGGGGGGGGGUGGUAGCGAUUACAUGCCAUACUGAGUUUUGUUUUAAGGAUCGUGCAAAAUGAAGAAUCAAGACGUGUGUGCACGCGCUCUGUACAACUGUAUGAUGGUUUAACGUUGUUUAAGUAGAAGUUUUUGUAUCGUUUUUACAACUUUAUUUGCUUUCGUCUUUGCGCAAGCUUCGAAGCGAUACUUCUUUCUUUUUAUUAAGUUAAAUUAGAUUGAAUGUUUGUAAUUUUACUUUUCUGCUUUUAAAUAAGAGCAUAAGUUACAUGUUUCACCCCCUGUGCGUGUAUGUGUGUAUGAUUGUGUUGGUGCAGCAAUUAAGACAGAACAGUGCAACCACACACACACACACAUACGAUAGCUUAGUGUACACUUGGUUAAGUCAGUUGAUGGAAAGAGAAACGCGAACAAAGUACGACACGUGUAGUAAUAGGAAACUAUUUGCCAUAACAAAGAACAAACAAAAACAAAAACACAUACAAACAAACAAGUGUUGUGUUGACUCCCUGUCAUAUCGCAAAACAAAAACAAAAAACAAGGGAGAAAAAGAAAAGAAAAGAAGCAAGCAAGCAAGCAAGCAAAGAAGUAAUACUCACAGAAGCAGAAGAAGAAGAAGACAAAAGACGUAGAAGAACACAAACAGUCACCGCCCCACCCCUCGUGCAUGACACAACACGAACAAAAAACACGAAAAAAUGGGGGAGAAAAUAAGAGAUGGAAACUACUGUGAGAGCAUUUUUUUACGUUUUAAGCUAAUCAACUAAAGACAUUAAAAAUGAAGUAAAAAGGAUAACACGAAGAAGAGAAGAGGAAUGGAAAACAACACGUGAACGAAAACAGUAGUGUGGCAUGAAAUUCCAAAUUGAUGAAACACAUGAAUAUUCGUAAAGCAAGAGAGAGAGAGAGAGAGAGAGAGAGAGAGAGAGAGAGAGAGAGAGAGAGAGAGAGAGAGAGAGAAAGAGACAAAAAAGAAAGCUAGAGAGCAAGAGAUAGAUAUACACGAACAAAACACACAACAAAUGAAUAAACUUAAGUUGCAUUUUUUAUAUCUCAAAAACUAAUUCAUUUUUACCACCCUUUUUUUAUUUGAAUUUUGUUUUUGUUUUUAUAUUGGUUUUUCAUUCAACUUUCAUAAAGCAACAGCGGCCGUGUAUAUGUGUGUGUGUGCGUGCGUUUUGUUUGAGGUAAGCGUGUUUUUAUUUCAUUUUCCUCAACUCCUGUUGCUUAUUGGUGCAUUGUUUGUUUGUUUUGUAAAUAUUUUAAACAUCAAACGGUAGCUUGGGAGCCAAAUCUUUUCUAUACUUUUCAAUCCCUUUUUUAUAAAAAAAAACGACUAUUCAAUCAAUGACGACACGGAGGACAAUGAAACUGAUGACAAAUCCCCACGGUAAAACAUACACACAAACACAUUUUUACAUGACCCUGGGAGUGGCAGUAAAAAGUAAAAUGGAUUAAAAAUGGUAGUAAAAGAAAUAGAAAAGUAUUAGCCCGGAAGAAAGGGAGGAUAAAGACAGCAAGAUGCAAGAAGAAGAUGCCAUACACAAGUAAAUGAAUAUAUGAAUAUAAAAAAAAAGAAACAA